UGGUUACUGCUUGCGCACUUCUUUUAAUUAUCCAAAGUUUACACUCCGUCUGUCAGCUGUUUACAUAAUGGCAAAUGGCGCCGGGUAGUUAAGGGGCGUAAUCGAGUAUAUAUUGAUAGUAGGAGAGGCUCCUGUUCUAUUAGUGUUGCGAUAAAUAUCACCGUACAUUUUAACAGACUAGAAUAUUUCUCUUUAGUGUGCAUUAUUUUAAAAGUGUAUUUUAAAUACAUACUUUUAAUAUUCUACUGUACUGUAAACACAUUUUAUUGUUUGAUUUUAUUAACCUGUCAAUUGCAUACUGAUUAUACGGUAAAUGCACACAAUAUAUUAAUCUUCGUUAAAUGUUCGGUAAAUUUCGUGAGAUGUGAGUAGUAAGAUGUGAUUAAAUUGAAAUUCUCAUCGAAAUAAUUACACUGACCGUUAUAGCGCAAUAGGGUAAACUGCAGUUUUAUAAUUUCUAAUGUCCUAGUGUUUUAAGAUCGAGACCGCGUAUCUCCAUUUUUUCUUAUUUAUAACUAUUUUUAACAUUAUUGAAGCUAUGAUGUUUCAUGUUGUCUUUUUUUGUUUUUAAUAUGUUUUGCACUUAUUUUGGUAAAGCUAUACUCUUUUUAAAUAACUUAGUUUAAGAAUUAAUAAUUAAAAGCCAUUCGGAUUAAAAUCAAUAAAUGUCAUUUCAGUGCCGUAAAAUACAAUACAAAACGAGACAACUCAGUGUUGCUAAGUUGUUUUAUAUCCAGGUAGACAAUUUUGCAAGCACUUGGCCAUUUUCAUUAAAAUAUACUUCAAAAAUAAAAAAUUAAAAGGUCUAAGAAAAACAGUGACAAAAGUAAGGAUUGAACCAUUGACCUCUCUGAGGUAAUCACUUAACUGCGGAUGUGAUGAAACCAUAUACAUUACACUAGUGUGAAUUUUCCAAACAUUAGUUAUAUCCUGCCUACUAAUUAUCACCGAAUUGGAAUCGAAUAUUCAAAUUAGCGCUAUAUAAUGUAUUCAUAAUUGACAGGUCAAUAAAAUCAGACUAUAGCUAUAGAUUUAAUGUUUUAAUUCCAACUAAAUCAAUUUAGUUGAUUAUGGUAAAUUAGAUAGUUAAAGCAUAUGUAUUUUAUUUUUGUUUCUAGGUUAAAUGGUUAAAAGAAUCCGAAAUCAAAAAAGUAAAAAUGAACCCGUAUUAUAUGCACUGUAUUGUGUGCAAUAAGCGUGUGACACAAAAAGAAAGAAGACCAAUAGUUGGAAAUAAAGAUCUGAAACGAUACCUUGAAAAAUCAUUUUUCUUAACAGUCAGUGAUAAUUCAGUAGCGUGCAAUAAAUGUAGACAAAAAUAUUAUCUUGAAAUGCGAAAGCAGAAUGACACAAAACAAUCAAAUAAAGCGUUGAAUUUAAAGUCGAACGAAACAACAUUAUCUGCUAAAAGAAAAUUAAUUCAAACCGAUGAAGAAACAAUUGCUCUACCAAUAUCUACAACAGGGCAGUCCCAUUCUCGUUGUUUUAUUUGCGGCAAGCCCGGUCCAAAGUUGGUGCGUAUUAAAAAGGAAGCCAGACACGAUAUUUUUAUAGAGCUAAACAUUAUCCUGUCAAAAGGGGCUAGAUGCUGCCCAAAACAUUUAACAGAAAAUUCAUUUUGCAAGGAAGCGUUUAUGUUACUGAAAAACAAUAAAAAUAUACGCAAUGUUUCCCAUUUUACAUGCGAGGAAGUACAUACCCUUAUAGAAAAUAUUAGAAAGGCUGCUAAGGACAACAGAAAUAAACGGGUUGAUUUUGACGAUAACGGUAUGAAUGAUAACGACUAUGAAAGUCUCACUGGGUUGAAUAGGGCACAAUUUGACGAUCUUCUUACUUAUGUAAAAAACAGUAAAAAGUCACAAAACAGAAGUAUUCGUGGUUCUUUAGGAGUAUUUCUAACAAAGCUUAGAACAGGCCUUUCUAAUCGUAUCCUUGGCACCAUUUUCAACAUGACAAAAUCUCAAGUUAGGCGCUCAUUUGCUUCAAUAAGAAAACAAUUGUCGAAAGAAUUUGUUAUUGAAAAUAUUGGUUUCAAUCACGUCAAUCGAGAAGAUGUCGUCCAGAAACAUACACGGCCUCUUGCGGUAUCAAUAUUUGGCCAAAAUGAAUGCAGUCCUCCUGCUAUCCUUGUACUUGAUGGCACAUACCUAUAUAUCCAUAAAAGCUCCAAUUUCAAAUUUCAAAGACGUACAUACAGUGUUCAUAAAGGGAGGUCACUCGUCAAACCAAUGAUGGUUGUUACUACAACAGGAUAUAUAGUAUCUGUUCUUGGCCCUUAUUUAGCUGAUGGAAAGAAUUCCGACGCAAAAAUAUUAAAUCAUAUGAUGAAAUGUAAUAUUGAAGAGAUAAAAAAUUGGAUCAGAAAAGGUGAUAUUUUCGUUGUUGAUCGUGGUUUCCGCGAUUCAUUAAACAUCCUUAAAGAACUAGGUAUUGACGCAAAGAUGCCAUCUUUCUUACCGAAGGGUGAAAAACAGCUUUCUGCAGAAGAUGCAAAUAACUCUAGACUUGUCACUAAAAUUCGCUGGAUAGUUGAGUCAGCAAAUGCCAGGUUAAAACAAUGGCGAUUCUUUGACAAAACUCUUCCAAACAGCCAUUUGCCUAACAUUGAACAAUAUAUCAAAAUUAUGUGCGCAAUUUGUAAUAAAUAUAAACCACCUUUAUCAAAUGCUUCUGAUCGUCUGGCAGAUUUUGAGCUCGGUACAAAAAUGUUUGAAUUGGCUCAAAAAAAUAAUGAGCUACAAUAUGAGGUAGAAAAAAUUGUGUCUAAAGAAAGUGUAAAAACAAAAUGGAAACUUGUUGAUUCAAACAGCUUAAAGGACUUUCCUUGUUUGACGGAAGAAGACCUCCGAGAAAUUACAUUAGGGGUGUAUACACUGAAAAUGGCCAAGAGUUACACGGCAGAACAUUUAGAAGAUGACGCAUACACUAUUCAUAUAUCUGUCGAUAUUCCAGGUAUAUUACAAGCAAAACUCCAGAGUCGACACACCUCCUCUGUUAAGUACAAAUGCUGGAUUAAGUAUUCGGCUCAGAAGGUGACAUCGUGGUACUGCAGAUGCAAAACUGGAACACGUGUAGUUGGGUCGUGUUCACAUGUUGCUAGUGUAAUUUGGUAUCUUGCUAUUGGUCGAUUUAAUGAAAAUCAAUGGCCUAAAGAUUGGAACAAAUAUGUGAAAGACGCAUAUAAUAAGAUAGGUGAAGAAUAAAGCACCCUUCUUUUGAUUAAAUGUGCAGUGAUAAAUUGACAGUGAAAACUAAAAAUGCAAGCUCUUUUAUUCCUGACCGUCAUCUUCUGAAGACUGCAAUUAAUUUAUCAUUCAGUUGAUAGUAUGCAUUUAUUUACAAAUGUGUGAAAUGAACAUUAUAUAUAUAAUAUUUGUGCAUCAUGUUUUUCUUCAGUGUUUAUAACGGAAUUAACCGACUGACUCAUCAACGGUUUACUUACACUCUCAUUUAUAGACCAUUGCCUACACAUUCGAACGUAAAAAUGACGGUGAUUUUCUCAUUUGGUGGUAUAUAAGUAUACAGUUAAUGUUAUACAUAAGACAUUGUUGGCUCCGGCCACGCCACACACAUUAUACAUAUACAAAAGUUGAUGCUGUACCGUAGUUUGUUAGUUAAUUGUAUUCGGAAUAGUUUUUGCAUAAUUACUUAUAAAUAAUUAUGACUUUCAACUUUGUUCUCACCGGUGAUAUUUUGAAUUACAUUAAAUAUGAUAUAGUGCAAAUGUAUGAUAUCCAAAUAGCUGGAAAAGCUUUUCACGGCAAUUGUAUUUAUAUGUAAUGAGUCAUAAAUUGUGUUAAAUCCAAACUGAAAAUAAGAGACUGGUUGUAAUUGAAACAUCGGGAGCAUUUUGUACUGCUAUACAAAUUACAGUAUAUUACAGUACUGUUACACCAACGGUAUAUGUCAUUGAAAAAACUAGGAAUUUUUUUUUGGUAUAAUGUGUACAUGUAUAUUCUUUACAUCAUAAAAGAAAAAAGAAACCUAGUUUGUGCUUUGUGUUGUUAUAUUUGUAAUCUGAAUAUUCAAAAUCUGGCAAUGAAAUAUGUGGUAUUAUCCAUUAUCAGGAAACAUAAAUAUUAGUGUAAAUAAUCCGGAACAAGUCAAUUAAAACAGUAUUCUAAGCAUGUUGAAAAUAUUUUUUUAUUUUUAUCUGAAAACAAUUUGAUAGAAUUAAUGACCACGGUAGUUUAAAUUAUCCGCGAAUAAUAUACCUUGCAAAAGAAAAAAUCUGUAACAGGAGAAAACAUCUUGUACUUAAUCGUGAAACAUGUUCUUUUUGUAAUUUAGUUUUUUUAACAGAAUAAUUAUAAACAUUUAACCUCUGCGUCAUUCGUAUAAAAAUUAUGAUCUGUGUUUGAAAGAUACGGAAAGAACUUCGACAUAACAAUGCCGACAUUUUUGUGUCCAUUUUUUUAUGUUUUCUUCUUCUUUUUCCAUUUUAUUACUUUUUAUUCAUUUCAUUUUAUUUAUUUAAUUACGUUUUUUAAAGUCAUCUUAAAAUAUGAAAAGUAAGUUCUCCACAGAGAUCGCCGACAAAUAUUACAUGAAACAUGGAAAUAUCCAGUAUUCAAGAAUUAAGUUUUGGAAGAUACAAAAUCAUUUGUUUCGUAGAUGUAUUACAUACUGUGGAAUAUUAAAGACAUGGCAAAAUCUAUAUACCGAGUACAUGAACACUAAUAAAUCCAUAUCAAAUCUAACACGCACGUGGUGUUACAAGCAAGGUGGUCUCCCUUUUUAAUUUAUGACAUUUUGGCGGGAAUUCAAGGGAGGCUAAUCAUUCGACUAUUUCGGCAGUAUGACUGUAACUCGCCGAUUUUAGAUCUCUUGUUUUAUUAAUCAAUAGCAAAUUGUAAAAAUUCUUAUUUGAAUAUCAUAGAUACUGUUUAUUUUUAAAAGAAAAUGCAAAAGAAACGUUAAAAAGUUCAAAAGACCAAUUUAUAGGCCGAUUCCGGUAAUCCUUUGUCGAUUCCGACAUUAUGACAAUAACUUGCCGAUAUUAAAUCUCUUGUUUUAUUAAUCUCACGUGAUUUUAUUUAUAAAGAUAUUUUUACAUAUCAUUGAUAUUGUUAUAUUUAAUUAUAGAUGUAAGAAAAUUGAUAAAAAGCUCAUAGAUAAGCAAAUUACAGGCCGAUCGGGUAAUCAAUCGCCGAGUCCGGCAGUUUACCCCGUUUUCGCCGAUUUUGAAUAUUUUUUUCACUUUUAUUUAAAAGCGAUUUCACAAUUCCUUUGGAGAUCAAUCAUAAUCUUUAAGUUUCAUAAAAACAUGAAAAAGAAACAUAAAACGUGCUUUAAUAAUCAAAUAACAGGCCGAUUACGGUCAUCCCUCGACGAAUCCGGCAGUAUGGCAGUAACUCUCAGAUCUUAGAUCUAUUGUUUAAUCCAAAGCGAUUUUAUUUAUAAAAGUCUUUUGACAUAUCAUUGAUAGUGUUUAUAUCUUAUAAAAACGCAAGAAUAUUCUUUAAUAGCUCAUUAAUAAGGAAAACUACACGUCGAUUGAGAUUCUGGUAAUUCCCCGCCGAUAUUGGUAAUUCCCCGCCGAUUCCGGUAAGUCGAGUAAGAGGCUUACAUCUUACAGAUUAUGUGAAAGAUCAACAUCAUCAUUAUCUAAUGAUAAUCAUGAUAAUGAUAAUAAUAAUAAUAAUAACAAUAAUGACAAUUAUAAUCAAAUACUCGCAUACAUAAAAAGUUCUGAAGUUAACAAAAUAAGUAAUUACAAAAGACCGCUCAAUUGUCAUAGCGGUAAUAUUACGAAUAUGUGCCUUUUCGUGCAAACUUCUAACAGAUUUCGGUGGUUAGCUGUUUUAAACUGAUGAAGUUCCAGUGCCGGAAAUUCAAUUAUGAACUGGUUGUAGUAAAUGUGUAUUUUAUAAAACAGCAAUCGCUGAACACAUUG